UGGCGGCGGCGGCGGCGAGAGGUGCGGGGUCGGCGGUGUGAGGGGAGCGGAGCCGGUUGGGAGAGCGAAAUUUCUCUCUGUUUUCGGCGCCCUCCCGCCUCGUUCUUUCUGGGCCCCCUCGCGCCUUCGUUUUUUGGGCGGGAACUGAUGCCGGCCAGAGCCGAGCCGAGCGGUCUGAGGGGAGACGACGCGGUGGCGGCGGUUGCCGGGAGGCCUGGCCGUGGGCGACGCUGAGGAGGCGGCGGCGGCGGCGGCAGAGGCCGAAGAGGGCCCGGGCGAGAUGAGGGCCAGGCGUCGGAGGCGUCGGUGGCGGCGAUGGGGGCACCUCCGGGAGACCGGCGAAGGGUCCCCCGGCCUUGGGCUCGGGCUCUUCUUCCUCAUUCUCUCGCUGGGAGGCGGCGAGGCGGCUCCCCUUCCGCCGGCAGGGGCAGGGGAGGCCGGAGUGGUGGAAGUUUCCUUUGCAUUGGCGAUUAUUUCCAUCUGUACCUUUAUAGUCCUGGUACUGCUGCUGGUGAAUUGUGUAUCUUGUUGUAAAGAUCAAGAGAUAAACUUCAAGGAAUUCGAAGACAAUUUCGAUGAUGAAAUAGAUUUCACACCGCCUGCAGAAGACACCCCGUCUAUUCAGUCUCCAGCGGAAGUGUUUACACUUACAGUCCCUGGUGUUUCUUUAUCAGCCCCAUCUCAGUUCCAGCUUCCUGCAGAAGGACUGAAAUCGCAAGUUGCCCGUCAGAAUCUGAACUAUAUCCAAGAAAUUGGAAAUGGCUGGUUUGGAAAGGUUCUGCUUGGGGAAGUUUACACAGGCACUAGUGUGGCGCGGGUUGUUGUGAAGGAGUUAAAAGCUAGUGCCAGCCCUAAGGAUCAAGAACGGUUUUUGAGGCAUGGAGAGCCUUAUUUUAUUCUUCAGCAUCCAAAUCUUCUCCAGUGUACAGCGCAGUGUGUGGAAGCUAUUCCUUAUCUUCUGGUGUUUGAAUUUUGUGACUUGGGUGACCUAAAAACGUAUCUUUGCAAUGAACAGGAGAACAUUAAAGGAGAUGCUCAAAUCAUGCUGCUACAGAGAAUGGCAUGUGAGAUUGCUGCUGGGCUCUGCAUGAUGCAUAAGCAUAAUUUUGUGCACGGGGAUUUAGCCCUAAGGAACUGCUACCUUACAUCUGAUUUAAAUGUAAAAGUAGGAGAUUACGAUAUAGGAUUCAGCAGGUACAAAGACGACUAUAUUGAAACGGAUGAAAAGAAGCUUGUGCCACUUCGAUGGGUUGCACCAGAACUGGUGACUAGCUUUCAAGAUAGGCUGAUAACAGCUGAGCAGACAAAGUACAGCAACAUCUGGUCAUUAGGUGUAACGCUUUGGGAGCUUUUCAGCAGUGGUGCGAAGCCUUACUCUGAUUUGUCUGAUGAUGACAUCCUCACGCAGGUCAUAAAAGAAAAACGGACCAAGCUUUUGGAACCUGAUCUUCAACAGCCGUAUUCUGAUAGAUGGUAUGAAGUUCUGCAGUUCUGCUGGCUUCCUCCUGACAAGAGAGCAACCGCAGAAGAAAUACAUAAGCUUCUAACGUAUCUCCGCAUGCAGAGUCAAAAGGAUUCAGUCGUUGAUCCUGAACAGUGGGAUGAUCUCAAGCCCAACACUUCACACAGAGAACUGUCAAACAAUUCUGCCUUUCCCAUCUUGGAUCAUUUCCCAGGCGGUCAGUUUGGCCCUGAAAUGGAAGAAGUCCUCACAGUCACUGAAACUAGUAGAGGCCUCAAUUUUGAAUACAUCUGGGAGGCAGCCAAACAUGAUCACUUUGAAAGCAGCCAGGCGAAUACUGAUGAAGGGGUGACUUACACAAAUAUCUUCUUCCCCGUAGAGAUCUUUGAGAACACUCUUAUAGAACAGGGACCUGGAGUGCAGGAUGAAAGUGGGCAGGAAAUUUCAUUUUUGGUGCCUGGGGAGCUUCCUGUUUUCAAUGCCCAUAAACCCUCUGUUGGGAAUGAUUACUAUAUCCAGUUAGAAGAGAAGAGCAGCAGUAGUGAUGUAAGCUUCAAUAAUCAGGCUGCUACAUUGAUGACGGAAGUGGAUAGCCAUGAAAUUCCAAAGGAUAAAAACACGGAGUUUCUGGAUCUUGGGGGCCUUGCUGCAGAAUCUUCUACAGAUAGUGAUAUUUUGUGUUAUAAUACAGGUACCAGGGAAGAAAGAUUGCAUGUGAAUGGCCUUGAAAGCCCUUUGCAGAAUAUAUUUCAUGAUAUUUCCAGAACAGCACAAUUGACAGAUGCGAAAAACAGAUUUGAAUUAGCUGAGAUCAAUGAUAUUCAUGUGGAAUUUAACGCUGUUUCAUAUUCUGAACUGGAAGAACCUGUAGUCCAUCAGUCCAAGAAGGGAAGCCCCAUGAGCACUUUAGAAACUGAACAUUUUUUCUUGCAUGAGGGUAGCACAGACCUGUCUGAUCCUAGCCAGCUGACUUCGGAAGAGUUGUCUAAUAACUUUAUUUUUCUUCGAGAGAGGAAUUUGUUAAAGAACCCAUUGAGCAACAGAGCUGGUGAUGGUGAUCUGAAAACGGCGUCUGAUAACACAAAUACGCUAGAGUCACUGACUACAGAUCCACUUGGAGUUGGAAAUAAAACAGCCAGAAAUACUGUUGUCCACGAGGAGGAGAAUUUUAUUGAAAAAGGUAGAGAUGAAAACAUGAGUUUUCCGGCCCUUACUAGAAGUCAGAUGUCGUCUUGCUCACCUUUAAUGAAUAAGCAACACAUAUCUCCUAUAUCAAGGGCUGAGAAGCAUCUUACGAAAGUAGAAAUUGAUAGUAGCUCUACUUGCAGUAUCGAUUAUUCUUUUGUUGGAGUGGAUCAACUCCCUGAACCAGAUAGUACUGAAACACUGUCUGUCAAUGCCAAAAACCAAAUUAAUGGGACCAGCCCCUGUCAUGGCUCAGCACUCCACGUCCAAGAGAAUGAAAGACAGAGGGAAAACCAGCAGCUUAAAUACCACAGCAACUAUUGGGAAAUGAUCCAUGACUUAGAAAAUAAGCAGUCUGGAUUAAAACAAGAUGAUAUAUAUCAUCUGGAGCAGAAUGAUGAAACUUUAGCUCAGAUUGAAAAAGAUAGCAAAGAGGGUUUAAUAAAAAACAUUUCUCUUUCGUCCAUCCUUCCUUCAGACCGUACAAGUAACGACAGUCUGUUGGAAGACAGUUUGUCAACUCCCAUGCAGAUCAUGGGGCAAUCUGUAGACACCCCAGAUUCACUAGAUUCAUUAGAUGUGAAUGAGGUCAUAGAGUCGUUAGGGGACCAUCGUCCACAGAAACCUUUGCCACCCGAUAAACCUGCUGAUAGUGGUUAUGAGACUGAAAAUCUGGAGUCUCCUGAAUGGACAUCACACCUGGUUGGUGGUAGCUCCAGUGAAGACAUGGUUUUGUCCACUGCUGGUGGUGAUAUAAUUUUGCACGAAAAUCCCGUGAUCAUUGUAUCAACAGAUGUAAAUGCCGAUGUGGGUGCAAUAAAUAUCAUGAAUCAGUUUGAAGCACUCCCUAGGAUCUCUUUAGGUGGCAUUCAGAAUUCGUACAGGGAUUCUGCUUAUUUCUCUGAUAAUGACUCUGAACUAGAUAAGAAACCUGAGGUUACAAAUACAUCAGCAGAACCAAAAGAGCUAGCUGAGGAUGCCCCAUGUAGUGACUGCUUUGAAACGAAAAAAAAUCAAAAUGCAGAACAUCAGACUGAUGAACAGUUCCUUAAUAGGUCAUACCCACAACUGGAGUUGGAUGAGAGGCUAGAAGAGGUGUCUGAGAUGAAUGAAGUAAAGCAGGAGUGUCUUCAUAAUUUAACACUCCCUGAGGUAGAGCUAGAACGCAGUAGUGAAGACGAAGUGGAAAUAUAUGAGGAGUCCCCCAUAAGUGUGUCUUGCACAGGUACUAAUACUGCAGACUUUCUCCCUGAGAGGGGUUUAAAGCUCACACCUGCAGAAGUCUUUGAAAACUCGUUAUGCCAUCUUGAAGGCCAUAAGCUGAAAGAGCCUGAUGUUGAAGGAAAAUAUCUUCGUAAACUUGAUGUUUCCGGGAUGCUUGAUCUGUCCCUGGAUGGGGAUGAUGCUGAUGAAGAAGAUGAAAAUAGUGAUGAUUCUGAGGAUGAUAUGAGAACUUUCCAUCUUCAUGGACUCAGCUCCGACAGCGACGAGGAAAUUAUUCACCAGGUUCCAGUCAUCAUCACUGAUGGGGAUGAUGGCAGGCAUUUGAGGAGCUUGUUGAAACUUCCAAAACAAUUGGAACAGAGCGACCACCUGGAAAACUCCCUGAAGAAUGAAAGAAAAGCAGUCACGUUCUUUGAUGAUGUCACCAUCUACCUUUUUGAUCAGGAAACACCAACCAAAGAACUCAGCAACCGUACUGCAGAGUCAAACCACUCAGAUUCCAACAACGUUCCUCCUCCUGCUUCAAGCCUUGGCUACUUGAAUAAAUUUACGAAUUCAGAAAGCUCUACGGAUGAAGAAGGUGGAGGCUUUGAGUGGGAUGAUGACUUUCCUUCUCCAGAGGCCUCUUUUCUAUCGAAGGCUGCGAACAGCCUCCUCAGUUCCAAGCCUUCUCUUCAGACCUCAAAGUACUUCUCUCCACCACCACCGCCUCGAAGCCCGGAACAAAAUUGGUCCCAUCCCCUCCCUUACUCGAGGUUCUCUAUUUCACCGGCAAACAUGGCGAGCUUUUCGCUUACUCACCUGACCGAUUCUGAUAUCGAACAAGGAGGGAGCAGCGAAGAUGGAGAAAAGGACUGAACAGCAAAAACGUCCCUCGGUGUACCGUCAUGUUCGUGUGGGUGGGGGACACCUCUGCUUUCUGCCUCGGACGUCUUUUGGUAGGAGGUGGGAAAAGCCACCCCUCUUUCAUCUCAAAACAAUGCAAAGCUACUGAAGUCCAGCGAUCACACGGUUGGGCAAACACUGAAGGCAACGUACAUCAGGACGGGAGCUUGAAGGUGGAUGAUACUCUUUUGCAGUGCACUGGUGCUCCUGUUUUUAAAAAAACUGUUAACCUUUUGCAUUUCCUUUUAAACAUUUAUUCUGUGCUAGACCCCCCACUACUUCUUUCCCAUACUUGAAAUAUCCUCCCAGCAGUUUGUAACAAUGCGUAAAAUGGCUGUGUUCUGAUUUCUAUAUAGGAUUGUAUCAUGAAUCCUUUUGUAUUCAUAUAUUAUCUGUAUGAAUGUGUACAGUUGUAUAUAGCUGAGCAGCGGAUGGCUCGGUCGCUUGAAAAAGGCAGGGCUGUUGUGUAGCAAGCCAUAUUUCGAUUCGCUUAGCCACUGACACACACUCACAAAUCCUUCCUCAGUCCUUCCGGGUUGUACAAAGUCAUUCUUUUUUGCUUUUUUUGUUGGACAGAAGUGUUUGUUCUAAUGCCCAUUUCACUGCUUUGCUUUAAACUCCUUUUUGACCCUUUUUUUGUGAAAUGCACUUCUCAGAAUGUACAGAGUUUGAGUCUUCCUUUUAAAAAGAAAUGUAAUUUCUGGAACUUUAUAUGCCGUUCUGUGUUUCGAAAGGGGCAAUUCGAUUUUGAGAUAAAUUUCUGAUUGCAGUAAAACGGUCGAUGAAUUGACCCUUGAAUUCUAGUUGAUUUUACAAGUGGUGAUACUGUAUUGGUGUCAUUGGGUUUCCCCCCCUGCAGGAGAAAUGUGUACCUCUGUGGAAGUGUGUGUGUGUGU